GCUGUUGCAUACCUUUCGUCAGCACAACUGUGAACGUGUCAACGCUUUGCAUUUUCCUUUGGUUUUCCUUAAACCCAACCAGAAUCAGGAAGAAAUGGUUGACGACAGCACCCGGAAAACGCUGAGCAACAUUCCCCUGCUGCAAAUACGCGCAGGACCCCGAGAGAAGGACGUGUGGGUGCAGCGACUAAAAGAGGAGUACCAGUCCCUCAUUAAGUAUGUCGAAAACAACAAACAGUCGGGCAGUGACUGGUUCCGACUGGAGUCCAACAAGGAAGGCACAAAGUGGUUCGGCAAGUGCUGGUACAUGCACGAACUUCUCCGCUACGAAUUCGAUGUCGAGUUUGACAUUCCAGUGACGUAUCCGACCACGGCUCCGGAGAUUGCUCUGCCUGAGCUGGAUGGCAAGACGGCGAAAAUGUACCGCGGAGGCAAGAUCUGUCUAACAGACCACUUCAAGCCGCUGUGGGCGAGAAACGUGCCCAAGUUCGGAAUCGCUCAUGCGAUGGCUCUAGGACUUGCUCCUUGGCUGGCCGUGGAGAUACCGGACCUUAUCGAGAAAGGCAUCAUUACGUACAAGGAAAAGUAGAUAAUUUUAUAAAAAAAAAACUGGGAAACAAAAAACAUGAACAAAGAUUGAUAUAAAAGUCA